GCGGUGCUCGCGACUACGUCUCUCCGAGUCGCGGCGCCCUACAUACUUAUACGUUAUGCUCGUCACUCGCGCCAAACGACAAAUUGUUUAAAAUUUGCACAUCGUUUCUUCGGAUCUAUAUCGUGUCCUCAGUAGGUCAGAAAUUAUGAAGAACGAAGACGAGUUUGGAAUGGAAAAAAGCGGGUCGAGGCCGAGGCGACUCCUGACAGAUAGUGUUUCCAGCGAUGAACCGGAAACUGAGCGCCUGUUGCGCUCGCAGCCGCCUCCGUCGAUAAUGUUGGCCGGCUGCCGGCGGGAGUCCCUGACGGCGCCGCCAUCCCCUACUGACUUCCGCAAGAAACGUGACCACCGACACCAUAAUUACAAGAAUCAUUUGCACCACUUGAUACACUGGAGAGACCGAUGGAGCGGGGAACCCAACAAGGCACACGAGAGCCUCCACCGCAGCGAGUCGAUGGUCUCGCUGGCGUGCUUCAAGACGCUCUCGCAACUCGUCAACAACGAUGACGUCACUGAGCUGCAGCAGUACCUCGCCAACAACAAGAACCUCAACAUCGACGAUAAAGACGAGAAUGGCACGACGGCGCUCAUGUGCGCGGCCGAGCAGGGCCGCGUUGCCGCGGUGCGCGUGCUGGUCGCUGCUGGCGCGGAUGUGUGCGCGGCCGACGCGGACGGCUGGACGCCUCUCGCGUUUGCCGCGCGCGGCGGACACCUGCCUGUUAUGAGGGAGCUGCUUGAUGCAGGCGCACAUGUCGACUCUAGAGACUGCGGAGGAUGGACGCCUCUGAUGUGGGCGUCGUACAAGGGACACGACGAAGAAGUAGCACUAUUAUUGGAGAAAGGAGCAGACGUACAUGCCCACGGAAAUUAUAAUAUCAAUUCGUUAGUAUGGGCGGCGGGUCGUCGCCACAGCAGCGUGGUGCAGCGGCUGCUGAGUGCGGGCGCGCGCGCCAACUCUUGCGAUAAGUACGCGACGUCCGCGCUCACUUGGGCGGCGCGCGCCGGAGACACAGCCUCCUGCGCCGCACUGCUGCGCGCCGGCGCCGACGCCAACACCGCCGGCAUGUACUGCUGGACCCCGCUACUGCAGGCCACGCAAGGCAACCACUUUGAAAUCGUACAAAUGCUACUGGAGCACAAGCCGAAUGUAAAUGCGUUAGAUAAAGACGGCUACACCGCUUUGGCGAUAGCCUGCAAAGAGGGAUACUAUGACAUCGCAUUGGCUCUCAUCAAUUCUGGUGCCUACAUCAAUGUUCAGGACCAUUCAAAAGACACUCCGUUGAUCCACGCUGUGAAGGGAGGUCACAGGAACAUUGUAGAAGCGUUACUAAAGAAACACGUCGACGUUGAUCUGCCGGGAAAAGACAAGAAGACGCCCGUCUACACCGCGGUGGAGAAAGGUCACGUCGCCAUACUGAAGCUGCUGCUGGCCUCCAACCCGGACCUCGAGCACUGCACCAGUAGCGGCGACACAGCGCUGCUGCGCGCGGUGCGGUCUCGGCACGCGGAGAUGGUGCAGCUGCUGCUGGAGCGCAAGGCGCGUGUUGGCGCCGCUGACAACCGCGGAGAUACCGCCCUACACAUCGCCAUGCGCGCACGAUCAAAGCAAAUAGUCGAAAUCCUCCUGAGGAACCCUAAGAACAGCCAGCUGCUGUACAAGCCGAACAAGAUGAAGGAGACGCCGUACAACAUCGACAUGAGCUACAACAAGACGAUCCUCGGCCAGAUGUUCGGCGCGCGCCGCCUCAACACCAGCGAGGACAACGAGAACAUGCUCGGCUACGAGCUGUACAGCGCCGCCCUCGCGGACAUGCUCGCCGAGCCCAGCCUCGCCGUGCCCAUCACCGUCGGCCUCUACGCGCGCUGGGGCUCCGGCAAAUCAUUUCUGCUCAGCAAACUCAAAGAGGAGAUGAAGAAUUUCGCCCGGCAGUGGAGUGAGACGGGGUGGGCGUGGUCGUGGGCGGUGGCGUGGGGGGCGUGGCACGGCGCACUGCCGCUGGCCGCCGCCGCCGCGCUGGCCGGAGCCCCGUCAUACCUCGCCGUCGGACUUGCGUUCGCACUCUUCGCCGUCGCAUAUCUCAUAUUCUAUUUACUAUGGAACCUAGGAACCAGAUAUGAGUGGUGGUGGGCUGGCGGCAUGAUGACGACCCUGGGCAAGCGGUUCAACUCGCUGCUACUGGUGCUACAAGUCGUGUUCUGUCAUCCGCCCGGCCCCAACGACCCGCGUGCGCUGCCGGCCACGCCUAUACGAUUUCAUUUCACGGAGGGCAUGCGGAGCGGCGCGGGGCAGGAGGGCGCGGCGCUGGUCGUGCAGAUGAUCGGCAGCCUGGCGGAGGCGCUCGAAAACCAGUACGGCCGCGUCUGCACGCGCCUCGCGCGCGCCUUCAGACCCCGACCUGUCUCAUCUACAUCGGGAUGGAAAUGGCGUCGCGCGUGCUGCAUCCCGCACAUCGUGAUGUUCGAGGUGAUCUUCAUAUGCCUGCUGGUGGGAAUGUGCGUGCUCGUCAUGUUCCUCACGGAGACCGACGCGGACCAGCAGCGGCGUGACAUCCAGCAGGGCGUGGUGGUGGGGGCGUGCGCGCUGGCCGGCGCCGCCCUGCUCGCCAACCUGUACACUGCGGGGCGCGCGCUCGCCGCGCUCGUGCUGCCCCCGCGCGCCCGACUGCUGCGUGCGCUGCGCCGCGACUCGCACGCCCUCGCGCUCCGCCCCGAGGUGCAGGUCCUCACUGACAUGGUGUCGUGCCUGGACGCGUUCACGGGGCAGCAGACGCGGCUGGUGGUGGUGGUGGACGCGCUGGACAGCUGCGAGCAGGAGAAGGUGCUGGCGCUGCUCAACUCCGUACACGCGCUCUGCUCUGACCCCAAGAGCCCCUUCAUACUGCUGCUCGCCAUCGACCCGCACAUCAUCAGCAAGGCGGUAGAAAUAAACAGCCGUCGUGCGUUUUCUGAGAGCAACAUCGGCGGGUGGGACUACCUGCGCAAUAUGGUGCAGCUGCCCUUCUACCUGCAGAACUCUGCGCUGCGCCGCGUCAAGACUGCGCAGCAGACCGCCGCCAAGCGCAUGCAGGCCAUCGCCGCUGAGGACUUCUCCACCUCCCUACAGAGAUCUGUAUCUGCUCGUCGUCUAUCAUCGACGUCGGAGCUGAUGUCUAGUCAGGAGCGCAUCAAGGGGCAGGUAGGACAGGCCAGCAAGGAGAGCGCAGCGCGUGCACGGAGGCUUCGCCCCUCCGAGUCGCUGGCCUCAUCCGUGGCGUCUGGUCUGCACCGCGCGCCCGCCACAGACCUCGGCCGCGUGCUGCUCACUGACGACUACUUCAGCGACGUCAACCCGCGCAGCAUGAGACGGCUGCAGAACGUCCUCUACAUCACUGGGCGACUGCUGAAGGCGUUUCAAAUCGAGUUCACAUGGAGCCAGCUGGCGUCUUGGGUGAACCUGACGGAGCAGUGGCCGUACCGCACAUCCUGGAUCAUCUACCACCAUGAGACCUUCGAGGAGCACAUCGAUGACACCACUCCCCUUAAGCACAUAUUUGAAAAGGUGAAGCCGUCACUGAGCAGUGCGCACGAGGCGGGCACACUCACUGAGCUGGACCGCGACGAGCGCAAGCUGGAGGUGUUCCUGGGCUUCCAUCGCAGCACGCUCACCGCCGCAGACCUCAAGAUAUUCUUGCCCUUCACCAUCAAUCUCGACCCUUACAUCAAGAAGGUCAUCAAAGAGGAACAACUACAGAUGGGUGCGGAAGACGAGAUGAUGCCUGCAGCGCCAUGGGCACAGCAGAACCUACGACAACCUCAUUCCAAAUUACUACCCGGCAAGAAGAAAAUGUCUCCUGUGAGUGGUGUGGGCGCGGCCCCGAUGGUACCGCCAGUGUGGGUGGGAUGGGCCAGCACGCAGUACUCGCAACUGCCGCAGGGGCCGCAAGUGCCGCAGAUGCCGCAAAUGCCGCAAGUGCCAAACAUGCCGCAUUUAAUGCCGUCCCUGGCACCAAACCCGAUUGCGUUGCUCAAAACUGCCUUUCCCAAUUUGGGGGAUGUGUCGUCUCUGCGUCUGUCGUCUCUGAGUGUGGAGCGAGCGUGCGGCGUGGUGCGCGCGGCGCUGGGCGGGGCGGGCGCUGCAGCCGCCGCCGCGCUGCAGCGACACCAUGUCAGCGGCCUAGUGCUCGCAGCAUGCCGUCUAGAUGAACUCAAACCGUUAUUAGAUUUACCGUUCGGUGACUGGGAGUUGUUCAAAAUGCUCAUUAUAAACCUGCGCGAGCUGGAGGCCGGUAUGCCGCUCAACGCACCCUCAGUCGCAGUGAUUCCUGAAAAGUCUGCGGAAACAGAAACAGAUUCAGUGAAGCCUCGUCUAGAGCAUCAACGAAGUCGGCCUACUAAUGUUGAGAAACAGGUGACGCUGGAGGAGCAGAUGAUCUGCGGCGCGCUGCAGACGCUGGACGAGGAGGCGCCGGAGGAGGCCGGCGCCUCCUGGGCGGGCGGUCUGAGCGGCGGCGGCUCCCCGCGCGCCCACCGCCGCGACCCCUCCAUCCUCAAGGGCGGCAGCUUCCGCGCCCGUCGCCACGCGGACCCGCCCGCAGUCACCUUCAACGUCGAGAACGAGGAGGACUCCGACGACGGCCAGAUCACGUUCAGCGCGCGCCCGCGUCCCGUCGUGCACUACCGCGCCCCGCCCGCCCCCGCGCCCUCUCGUCCCUCUUCGCUGCUCGUGUCGGGCGAGGACGUGCGCGACCUCGACGACCGCCUCGCCGCGCGCUCCCGCUCCGUCGAGGACUCCACCAAGACCGGCUCCCCGAUCGUCGACCUCAAGCUCAGGAGUCUGAAGAGGACGGCGGAAAUAUUGAAGAAGGUCGGGUCCGCCGAGCGACUGACCCGCUUCAAGGACAAAAUAAUGUCGCGCGGCAACGGGUCCCGGGAGCGCAGUCCGUCGCGCGAGGAGACCGCCAGCGACGACGAGUCGGCGCCGCUGGUGAGCUCCCCGACCGCGCCGCCUCCCCCGCCCCGCGACGCCUCCGCCUCCUCCACCUCCAACUCGUCGCCGCUCGCCUCCUCCUCGCAGUCGCGCGCCUGCCCCUCCUCGUCCAACAAGAAGCUUAUCGGCGUCGACUGCGGAGAUCGUAGCCUGCAGGACAUCUCCGCCAGCACUGACUUCUCUCCACGAUCGGACCUCACCGACUUGGAGUCGCCUCGGGAAUGUACGGUCCAGUUCGACCAUCUCCCCGAAUGUAAAUCUGGCGAUGGGAAGAAUGUAAAACUCCAUGUUGCCCGCGAGGAUAGCAGCUCGUCGCUCUCCAACAUGGUGGAGCCGUACAAUAUGUACUUGCUGGCACACGACACGGCGGAAAAUUGUCGGGGCCUGUGGCGGCAGAACGCUCUCGAUUCCGGACCGCCGUGGCCCUGGGACGACGAGCCGGAUUCUGCGGUCUGAUCCUAGAGCAUCGACAUUUAUGUUGCAUUUAGCUAUGUGAAAGCGGAGUACUUAUUUUGCAGCAUGCAGUCAAUAGUUACAUUGUCCAAACUAUGAAUUAUGUUGAUUAUGUCACUCAAAUUACUUAUACAAGCACUAAUUGACUUGCAAUAAAUGGGUCUUUAUAAUAGAUCGAUUGGGUAUGUUUACUGCUGUAGAUGUACGAUACUUUAUGUAUGGAAAAUGAAACGAUAUUUCUUUUUAAUAGUUUAUUCUACUUUCAACACUCGAUAAAGUAAACUGUGAACGGUAGAACAAGAACGUCAGUCGACUGUCAGCUGGCAAGAGCUCAUCUUGUAAGUAGGAAUGGAGAAGUGACAUCUCAUUCACAAUUGCUCACGUGUACUUAAGUACAUAGUUUUAUAAUUAGAUAGGGUAUUAUGUUUUCCAGUGUAACUAAUACAUUUGUAUUAGUUGAAAAUAAAUUGAUUAUUUAGCUAAUUAAAUUCAUUAAUAAAGAUGA